AUGUCUGUGAAAGCCCCAGGGCCUGAUGGUUGGGACAUCCCUUUCAUAAAGAAGCUCGAGCCCCAACAUUGUGAUAGCCUAGUGGAACUUUUUACCAUGAUGGAAAGGGAAGCUGCCCUUCCUCACCAAAUGCAAUUCAGCUUGGUGGUCCUCUUGCCCAAAAACGAGACCAUCGAAAGACCCAUAGCUUUGAUGCAUUGCCUGCUCAAGGCCUAUUUGAAAAUGCGAUGGCCUUUGAUCUCCCAAUGGUUGGAGGAUGUCGACCGCCAGCUCUGGUGGGAUUCUGCAAAAAAGGGGACAAGUACUUUAGAUGUCAGCCUCAAAAGGAUGGUGGCUUUUGAGGGCAGUCGCUGCAACAACCGCCAUCGUGUGACUCUUUUUGUUGACUUAACGACAUUUUACGAAGGAGUUCCCCAUGAGGACCUGAUAAGAAAGGCGCUGGCAAUGAACUUUCCAGCGCCGUUGUUAAAUUUUGUUCUGCAGGCUUAUAAAGGACCCAGACUCAUCCAGUGUGAGGAAGGGGUGAGCCCUGUCCUUUUUGCGUCAAAGGGCAUACAGGCGGGAUGCCCUUUGGGGCCCAUUCUGGCCAAAGUAGCGCUUGCAGACCCUUGCGAAGAGGCCCUCUCAGGCUCCAGCGCCAAAGACACCAGUGUCUGGAUAGAUGACAUUGCAGUCGAUGCUGAAGAGCUCAAUCCAGGCCUGGCAGCCCGCAACAUCCUUGCACUGAGCAAACGACUCUUCGCAGCGCUUAGACAACGCGGGCACACGCCGUCGGCAAGCAAAACAUACUUUCUGGCCUCUUCCAAAGAGGCGGAACAAAGCCUUAAACGCAUCCGCGCAGAAUCGGACCCUCCGGUGAGUUCCUUAGGCCGGGACUUAGGCAUCACCACAGCGGGGGCGCGACGUAGAACCACUAAGGGCGCAAUGUCUCGAUUCAAAAAGGGAGGCAAAAGGCUUCAGCGGCUGCAUCGAUUGCAGGUACCACAGGCCAGACAGCGCGCCAGGCUUUUCUCGGCCAGUGUUCUCACCAGCGGCCUUUGGGGACAUCAGGGUCAGGGAGUCUCCCCAAAGAACCUCAAGAUGGUGAGGUUUCAGGCCGCGGUUCUUAACAACAAGCACAAGCUAGGUAGUGUAGACAUCACCCUGGACCUUCAAGAGCAUGUCAAGGAUCCCAUGGAAGGCAUCAUUGUCCAACAUUGGAGAGCCAUGUCCAAGCUUGUCCGCAACGAUCUCCCUUGGUUUGUGCGCACGUGGGAUGUUCUCAGUUCCGGGCUGCAGGGCCAACACAGAUGGAAAAAGGUGGCAGGCCCGACUGCGGCCCUCAUUGCUUACCUCAAAGACCUUAACGUAGAAGCGUCAAAUGAGGCCCCUUUCAACUUUAUGAGGACUUUCGCAGCCAAGCGAACAAACUUACUGCCCUCAGAGCAGUUUGGCAAGGGGCGGUUCUUACUUCAAGCAAAGGAUCUCGCUCACAUUGCCCCCUUUGUCAUGUCCCGGGCAGUCUUGAACAUGUUCUCCAUGACUGUAAGUGGUGGCAACAUAGGCUUGCGAGCAUCAGCCGAGUCCCUGGCCCUCGGAGUGGAUUUGCCAUGCCUCACAUCGGCCCCACAACCUAGGUCAGUAAGUAUGCUUCCCGUUUACCUCAACCAAACCGGCAGCCGUUCUUCUCAGCAGUACCUCACCAUGGGGGGGCAGGGAAAAGGCAAGGGGUACGGUCGCUCAGUGCACCGGAACGACCCCCAGCAGGAGGAGCGAUGGCAGGAACUGGACGCGAAGCGGUGGGACAACUGGCAGUCACGAACGUCCCGAUCAACAGCGGUGCGCAACCGCGACAGGCCCAACAAGGCCGAAAGGGAGCUCACAAAGCGGACAGCGCGGGUCAAAGCAAAGCCCGCUCAAAGUCCUCGUCAGCCACCGCCUCCUCCUCCAAGCCGGCGGAGAAAGGAGGCAUCCGCGCCUUCUUUGGGACAAGCGCAGGCAAAAGAGGAGUGGGAGGCCCUUCCUCAGGUUACCUCUCCCAAGAGCGUCAAGUCCGAGCUCUCCUCAGAUUCCUCAAGCGUGGAAAUCCUGGACUCGGAGCUCACACCAUGGGACCGCAGAGUUUUCCUUAAGGGGGUGCAGCAGGUCAUGCUAGAGCAUGCCCCUGUGCACCUUGUUUCAGCCUCUAUCCCAAACAUCAAGGCGCCCUUCAGGCCUGAGUACUACUUGCACAAAGAAGUUCUUCUCCUUCGCCACCCCCUUCUCAAGCAGUGGCAGGAAACAACUGUGCAGCGUGCUGGCAAACCUGGGCAGCAUCGUAUUGCCUUUGACCUGGGCGAGCAUGUCCUCAAGAUAGGGGAGCAUGGUGAUGAGGCGGAGUUCUGCAGGUGGUUCCCAGGGCUUACGGCCCGUGUGCUCUGGGCAGGGCCUGUCCGUGUUGCGUUCACUGGCAAGCCUCCCCCCUGCGGGGAAGAAACAGUCCUGCAAGGUGAGAUCCAGGAGAAAGUCGAGCUUGCAGUGCCCUGGCUAGAGAUGCAAGGGGUAAACUCUUCUGGAGCUUGGCAAUGGCUGGUUUACACUUUGGUGGCUCUCAUGUGGCUUGAAUGGCAUGGAGUUCACCUCAAAGACCUCGGUGCGUCAAACCUUUCCUUGACCCUGGGCCAGACGGCCCAUCCGUACCUCAAGCUGUGCGAUGCUGGGUCGUGGUACUGGGGCAAGAAGCAAUCAGUACUUCCUGGUUUCUGGGCAGUGGUCAGCAGGCCCAGAAGGGAUGAGGGUGCCUCUCCCAAGAGUCGCCUCCUUUGCUGGGAAGAGGAGACCUCUCCCGCUGAUGAGCAAGCCCCUGAGCCCGGGCCACAACACGUGCAACCCCCUGAGCCCUUGGUGGAUAACCAGGCUCAGGGGAUGAGGAAUCCUGGAGUCGUGCUUCGGGAAAAUCCUCAGCUUGAGCAGCACAAUCCUGUGCACCGCCCCCCAGCCGUGGUGGCAAACCAGGCUGAGAGGGAUGAAGCUCCUGGAAUUGUCCUUCGGGAGAAUCCCCAUGCACCUGGGGCUGGUCCGGUUUUGGGUGCCCCAGACCAGGACAGCUGCUCUGAAGAAAGCGAGGAGGAGCCAAUGGUGCCUGAUCCCAUUGUGCAUCCGGAGCCUCCCCCAGCACCGCCAGCUGCGCCUAUGCUGCCCGCCCCGUUGAACUUUGAUGGUAUGGAUCAGGAAGCGGGCGCAGCCUUUGCUAUUGCUGAGAGGGCUCGCAAUACCAAGCCAGGAUUGGUGGCUUUCAAAUCCGAUCUGGGCUAUGCUGGUGUCUUCCAGGCCCUCCCCAAGGACCUGAUCCACGUGUGGUUCAAUGACACGGGGGACAGCACUGCGGAGUAUAUCCACAAUGGAAGAACCAGGUUCGGAUAUGAUGUUGGCGGUGGCUACGUCUUGAAGGUUGGGACGAAGCAGGCGUUUGGGGACGAGGUGGCGAUUUCGGCUUUGCUUCCUAAGGUGGCAGCCACCAUCAUUGGGGCUGGAUCAACGACACUGCAGGUGCUGCUCUCUGGGCGACCAUGGGAGUUCAGGUCCCACUUGGUGGCUUGGUCGAUGGUGGAAAAAGUCGAGCUCCUCACGGAUUUUGGUUCUAGGAACCAGAUCCACCCUCAGUGGUCCUUGUAUGCCUUCGCCCUCCUUUUGCAAUUGAGCCGUCAUUUUGCUCUGCGUGAUGUGUCAAAAACCAACCUGGGCAUUAAACCAGGACUCAGUGCUGCGAAGCCCAUGUUGUGCUUUUUCGAUCUCGCGGAUUGGCGCUUCGAAGGGCUCAAUGCUGGAAGUUGGUUUCCCAAGUAUAGCUUGCGCAGCUUCAUCGAGACCCUUCGAUGUGUCUGUGACGUCACGCCGUUGGAGCCGUAUCUCCGCAGGCAGGCGGUGGUCCCUUGCCUCAACGAUAUCAUUGCGGUUCUCCCUGAUGCGCUCAAGGCAAACUUGGAAAUCCAAAUGGUCCUCAUGAACGGCCGCAGGAGCCGAUAUGGUUCCACGGAUACCAUCCUAGAUAUGACGGCCCAUGAGGUUCAGGAUCCCUACCUUAUUGUGGUAACCCAGCACGUGGAAAGUCUUUUCAGGAUGAUGGCCAGAUGUAACCGCAUGGGAUGGGAGGCAGUACAGGACACUUGGCGGGUGGUCUGGAAGCGGCUGGAGGCUGCGAAGCACGGUUGGCCCGUGGUCACUGGACCCAUCUCUGCCAUGUGUCAAUACCUCCGCGACCUCCAGGUCGACGGCCACGAUCCUUCCCGCUGGGUUUUUGAGGAGCGUGUUCUCGAAAUCAAGCCCUCUGAGGUUUCGGUUGUCUGUCAAACCUCGUCUUUCCUCACGGACAUCAUCAAGACCCAGAGGUCUCGUCGCAUCGGAUCGGCCUCGUCGGCAGCGGGUGCUGCGGGCGGGGUCGAUUGGACGGUCCCGCGUCGCCUGCUCAAGUCAGUGCGCACCAAAACAACCCGGUACGCCUAUCGGGCUGUUUUCCAAGGGUCCAUUCUUCAUAAUGGCAAUGGUGGCAAGGAUAUCUGUAAGUUUUGUGGCGAUCCCGGGGCCACCCUGCGUCACCUCAUGUAUGAGUGCCCUUCCUUCCCUGGUGGCAUGCGGUUACCGGGGUACGUUCUGGCGGAGAAGCGCCGUUUCCCUGAUGACUGCCUGUGGCUUCGGGGUAUGCUUCCCCUUAAAUACCUCCCAGUCGCUCCCUCGGGGGACCUAGAAGUGGUCAAGACAGGCGUGUUUCUCACGUCCUCCCAGGUAGUAGCAGACGGGUUGGUGGUUGCUACGGACGCGUCAGGGGGAAAGUUCACCAAGGAUCCGCGACUGCGAAGAGUGAGCUGGUCUGUCGUCGUGGGGCGGGUUCAAGAUGGUCUGUUUCAGGCCAACCAGUGCGCCGACGAGUUGGCAGGCAAACGAGCUGCCACCAUACCGCCUGUAGCAGGGCGGAAAGUCCAGGACCUGGAUAGGCCUCGGUUUCCACGCCUCCUGGGCGGCCGGACUCUCCAGGGGUCGUGGCCCCUUCUGGCGCGAGCAGCGCCAACGAAUGGCAGAGGGGAAGUCGUGGCGCUCUACGGCUUGGCCGCCUCCCCCCCCUCCGGCUCCUCGGCGGCGCUCUCCUUCUCCUCGUUUGGUCCUGCGCUCAGUGGACAGAAGCCCUACCCCUCCCACCCCUCCGCGAAGGAGGGGUCAGAAAGGGCUACGUCCAGCCGUGACCUUCCCAACCAGCAUGCACGGCCUAGAUCCCCCUCGGAGUCCAGGGCCCGGCCCCCUGCAGACCCGGCCCCUGAGGCUGAGGAGUCCCCCUGGGGCCGGCGGCAACGCAUGCGUAGAGAAGCUCAGGACUUUACCCCGGGUGUGCGCGCGGCUGGUGAAGCAGCAAGCUACAUCAAGCGGCCCACCUCGCCUCGGCACUUCCUCCCUCCAGAUCUCACACUUACGUGGGACCCGAUUCGCCAGGUCGUGGUGGAAGCCCGAGUUCUCACGCGCCUGGGCUGGGGACAAAGCCGUGUAGGCUACCAGCUGUCUCAGGCGUUGGUCUUGAAGCUCACGGAUGAUGCAUCCUUAAACGGUCCGGAGAUUGAUAUGGCGCGGCGUUUUCCCCGGCUCAUGGCUCCCAUCCUUACCAGUGGCUCCAUGUGGAUUGGACUCGGGCCUGAAGGAGAGCCAGGUGCGGGCCUGCAUCGUUUCCUGUACCACGUGCAAGAGCAUCGCUGCCAGGCCUGUGAGUGGCUCCAGGAAAAUGCUGCCAAUGGUCUCCGUGUUCACUCCUACCUCCUGGCCACGUUGGCCACCUUGUUCGGGUUGAUGCCAAGGAUGUGGGCAUGUCAAACCUGA